CAUGGUAAACAUGGUGGUGAAGCUAAUGAUCCUGUUCCUCCUUUGUCACCCUGCAUCUGCAGUGAUCAAUCUUCUGAAUUAUUUUGUCACUGGAUCCUCUGGUGACCCAAACAUCUCAGAAUUUAUGUAUGUUGGAGUGGUUGAUGGAACAGAAGUGUAUUAUUGUGACGGCAGCAAGAAGAUAUUGGAACCAAGACAGGACUGGGUGAAAAAAUUAUUUGAUGACAAACCUGACAUCUUGGAGUGGUUCACCCAAGAGUGUUUUGAGUUCCAGACAAACUUUUACAGAAGUUUGAUUUCUGAUUUGAACCAACAUUUAAACCAAAGCGGAGGUGUUCACAUUUUGCAGUGUAUGAUUGGUAAUGAAUGGAAUAAAAACUCUGGUGAGGUGACAAGCUUUUUACACUUAGGUUAUGACAGAGAAGGCAUCUUUGAAUUUGAUCUAAAUACAAAGACAUGGAUCCCACUGAAACCAGAGCUUUACAGUGCAAAACAGAUGAUGGGUGGUGACAGAAUUACAUACAUGGAAACCCUCCUCCGUGACGUAAUGCCAAACACGAUGAGGUUAUUGUUGGACUAUGGGAGCAGCGCCUUGAAUAAAACAGUUCUUCCCUCAGUGUCUCUCCUCCAAAAGACUCCCUCCUCUCCAGUCAGCUGCCACGCUACAGGUUUCUAUCCUGACAAAGUCAUGAUGUUCUGGAAAAAAGAUGGCGUGGAGAUUCAUGAGGGUGUGGAUCUUGGAGAGAUCCUCCCCAACAAUGAUGGGACCUUCCAGAUGAGUGCUGAUCUGAAUGUUUCAUCAGUCAGACCUGAAGACUGGAGCAGAUACGACUGUGUGUUUCAACUCUCUGGUGUUGAGAACAUCAUCCAACUGGAUAAAACAGUAACCAGAACCAACCAGGCAGAGAGAACUGAUAAUCCCUCUGACAUGACAGCUCCAGUCAUUGCAACAGUGGUGGUUCUUCUUAUUUUCGUCCUCGUUGCUGCUGUUGGAUUUGCUGUUUACAAAAAGAAGAAAGCUCCUGAGAACAACACUGAAGUCUCCGUGAGACUGAAUCAAGAGACCAUCACGGCACCGUCUAUAUAGUGUUCUUUUUUUAAAUUUAACUCUUUUGUUCUUUUAUAUAAACUUGAUUUUUUUUUUUUUUAGAAAAUCUUUUUUCAUCUUAUUAUUUUGAAAGGAUGUUUUGAAAGAAGCUUCAUGUUUAUGAUUCAUUUAUGUAGCCACGGGUGGUGUGAAAGUGGAGAAAAGUUAUAAUAACUGUAAGGGUCCGUGCCCAGUGGUGGAACUAGGAAAUGGGAAUGGGAGCGCCUGUGAUGCCAUUUGCAUAACAAUUUUUAAAUCCUGGUAGAAUUGCAACCAAAUAAAUAGAGCAAAAAGAUUUUUGCAUAUAAAAGGAGAAAUUGUAGUUACAUAUCAUGCAUUCAACUUGUCCCAGGUCGCCAUUUCCUUCCACUAAUGGCUUUGCAAAAAUUGAAUUACCUGAGAAGUGAUGUCAUUUUUGUGGGAAAUGUAGUUCUUUUCCCACCAGGGCCUUUCAAAAGGUUCACCGGUGGUAUUAAAAGUCAUGUUUGACUUAAUGCCUUUCUGUUUAGUUCCUGGGACACUUAAAACUUAAACUGUACUGUUGGAAAUAGUUUAUUUUGAUGCAUAUUCUGUUUUUUUUUUAAAUUUAAUUUUGCAAUUAUUAUACAAAU